AUGGCGUCGAACUCGGAUACAAACGAUGAGCUCUACUAUCUUCAACCGGGUUUCGAUUUGAAUACGCUGACAGUGCCGCGACUUCGGUCUAUUCUCGUGAACCAUGAUAUCUCAUAUCCGGCAUCUGCAAAGAAAUCUCAGCUAGUUGCUAUUCUGGAAAAUGAAGUUAUCCCGCAGGCUAAGAAAUUGUUACGUGAGCGGGAUCGCGUUCGAAGGACAAGCAGGGGAAUAACAAAUAUGCCAUACAACGGGGAGCCUAGCGGUGAGCCAGAGGAGGAGGUUGAGACGGUUGAAAGGCGCCAGAGGAGCAGAUCAAGAGCAACAAGAUCGAGUACUAGGGCGUCGACUGCUGAAUCAGAGUACCGGGCCACUUCUCCUCUCUCUGCAGCGAAAAGAACAACGAGAGGCUCAAGCAAACAUCCGCGGUCGUCGGAUACUGACAUGCCGGAGAACUACGACGAUACACCUCUGGCUACUCCAGUACGGCCAAGUGGAAAGAAGUCCAGAAAGAGCGAGGCUUAUCUAACACCCCACGCAUCUCACUACGACAAUUUCGAAACCCCAACAGGUGUCAAGAGUGAGUAUACUGCGGAUACUCCAUUCACCGACGACAACCCUUUCCAAGGCGGCAGCUCUCCAUCGAAUAGCCCCAAGUUCAGGUCUCCGAACUCAGAAUACCGGCGGCAAAGCGGUAUAAGUCGAUUGUCAGAAGUUGAAGAGAGGAGAAAACGCAGAUCCGAAGUUCGGACACCCGCUAGAAUGAAACAAGAAGAGGAUAUACAAGUCCCCACACGAUCUACAUUCACGUCACCGAUCUCUCAUAUUGAGGGGUUGCCGCGAUUUGAGGAGUCGUCUGACAUCGAACCUGGAGAAGAGUUCACACCUGAUGAACAACUAGCAUUGGACCAGGAACAGGCCUACAACGGGAGACGAAGGUCUGUACUGAGGGACCGAUCUCGAAAUGGACAGAGUAGCAGCGGAGUCUUCGCAUCUUGGUUUGUGAUUUUAACGCUGCUAAGUGGUUUCGGGCUUUGGUGGCGGAAAGAAAAGAUCGAAAUAGGAUACUGCGGCGUUGGAAAGACACAUUGGUCCUUAGAAGACACAAAUGUGCCAACUUGGGCGAAUAUCAUUGAACCACAGUGUGAAACAUGUCCUCAACAUGCUUUCUGUUAUCCUAAUUUUGAGGCUGGAUGUGAACAAGGUUUUGUUCUUAAGGCUCAUCCGCUAUCGUUAGGAGGCCUCAUACCUUUACCUCCCACCUGCGAGGCCGAUGGUGAGAAGGCCAGACGUGUCAAGGUGGUUGCGGAUAAAGCUAUUGACGAGCUAAGAACCCAGCGAGCGAAGUUUGAGUGCGGUGAAUCCGACAAGGAGACCGACGAGGUGGUGGCAACACCAGAGAUAACUGCUUCUGAGCUUCGAGAUAGAGUAGGGAGUUUGAGGAGGAAGGGAAAAUUGAGUGAAGAAGAAUUUGACAGUCUGUGGGAUGCCUCAAUCGGCGAGAUAACUGGGCGUGAGGAAGUUGUUGUCAGUACAGGAACCGCGUACGAACCCACAGUCCAUCGUCAAGUGCAGAUGUCAGAUUCGCAUCCACAUCCCUCGCAAAGCUCUCCUUCACCUGUUCCAUCCGAAGACACCUCAGACUCUCUCUCCUCGCGUAUCGACUCCCUAUUUUCCUUAUAA